AUGAAAAGAUGAAGGUGCAGGGUGAUGUCACAGCACAGAUGUCGGAGAUUGUGAGGCUGAAAGAGCAGCUGAAGGAGCUGAAACAGGAGUUUAUGAGGCAGGAGAUCCAGCUGAGGGAGGUGAAGAAGAACAGCACCAAUCUGGAGAGGAAGCUGGAGUAUGAGAGUUUGCAGUGUGGGCGUCAAAUCACACAACUAAUGGACGAGUAUAAAGAAGCUAAAAAGACCCUGGAGGAGGAGGCGGUGGAGCUGAGAAAGAGUGUGCUGGAUAGCAGGAAGGUCGGAGCUGCAGAAGGAGGGACUGAGGUAGAGACAGCAGAAGAGCACCACACUGUGGCCACACACCAACGAGACACUGACCUCAAAGAAGAUUUGGGCAAGCCUGGCAGUGAUGCUGGCAUGCCUGGUAUUGAGGACAGUGAAGUGGGAAAAAUAGAUGAUGUGCAAUUUGCUCUGAAGAAGCCAGCCAUCACCCAGAACCACAUAGAGAUACCUGAUACUGGGUUAAGAGAGGUGGGGGCUGGUAUGGGUGCAGGGGCAGGUGAGGGGGCUGGGCGAGACCUCUCUCUGGACCGGCCUGUGCUCCAGAUUCAGGACAAGGUCCUAGGGUUGGGGAUGGAGGGGCGAGCGGGGGCCCUCCAGCAGCAGCCCCCCCAGGCGGUGGCAGACAGACCCAUCCUCUUUGACGAGGACAACAAGGCAGCCAUCCAGGCAGAUGAGUUCGGAGAGCAGCACAGACCGCUUAGAGCUCCUGACAAUGUGAUGAAAGCAGAUGGUGUACAGAGGAAAGGGGCAGGACUGCCUCCUAACCCCGCCCAGGUGCCUAACCCUAUAGAACCUCGGCAUGCCAGAGACCCCAAGCCUGCUGAGCCCCUGCGUCACAGACAGAGCCGUUUCUUUGAUGAGAACGAGUCCCCUGUAGAUCCGCAGCACGGCUCUAAGCUGGCGGACUACAAUGGGGACGAUGGGAACGUGGGUGAGUACGAGGCGGACAAGCAGGCCGAGCUGGCCUACAAUGAGGAAGAGGAUGGUGAUGGUGGGGAGGAAGACGUCCAAGAUGAUGAAGACCGAGACAUGCAGGGAGACCGGGCAGUGGACUAUGGAAAGAGACGUCAAGCCAUCGACAUUUUGUAAACUUUAUCAACUUGCUCUAGGAUCUUACUGAAAUGGAGUGGGAUAGCAAAUUCGAGCAAAAGGGUUUAUUCCUCCGCAUUUUGUUUCACUGUUGCUUCGGAUGUUAUUCUUAGGACUGGUUGGAAUCAUGAAGAUGUUUUAGGUGCAUCUCUUAUGGCGAUGGACUAUUCUGAAGACACGGUACAGAUUAUUAUUCCAUGAAGCAGUUUGACCUAAAACCAUGUAUCAUUGAAUCUAUAAAACAAUUCAUGAUAAUAUGGUUCUGUGCAGCCGUUGACUUGCAAAUAAUGAUUUUAUAAUUUAUUUGGUAUUAGAAUUCCUUAGCGAUUACAAUGAUAUAAUGUACAAGAGUGCUAUACAGUGUACAUUUGUAAUGUUUUUUUCAUGACAGAUUAUGAAGGCUUUUGUUUUGUUUACUACUUUGAAUGAACUGUCAGCUGCAAGAAUAGACUGUAGUGGUCUGAAAGAGCCAGUUUGGCCCAGAACCUCGCUGGCUUAGAUGACUCUGUUGCUGACCUGGUCACCUAGACUGGCAGGCAUAGCAUAUUGCUUGAAAUUGGGAACUUUAAUUUUACUUGUCUUUACCUAAAAAGGAAUACGUUUCCCUUCUGAUUUGGGACAGCUGUUACUUGACAAAGAAAAAAAACCUGAAAACUGUUGCUCCGAACUGUGUCAAUGAAUUUGACGCUUUCUCUCUUAUUGUUGGACUCUUGUAUGGACGCCCACACUUCAAACACAGCUGCUCCAACCAACGCAGCACUUAUGCCAAGGACUUCUCAUGGCUUCUUAAACCUCUUUGUUCAUCUUAUUUCUGUCACAGACAUAACACUCCACAGUGCAUGCAAUCUUUAUUAAUCAACCUGAAGAACAUCUUGAAGCUGGAUACAAUACUUAGACCAGUUUAGAAUUAGGAAUCCUGUGGAGGACUAAAAGCUCAAUGCACACCUGUCCUGCUAAUAAGAAUGGACUACAGUAGGCAUAGAUGUACAUAUUUGAACUGUUUCUAUUUUAACUGUAGGACUCGAGAGACUAUUCUUCCUUGAAAUAAUAAGCAUAAAAUCUGUUUUGUUUGUCUAAAAGUUGGUGAUUUCAUAUGGAAGGUCGGCAUAUUGAAUGUACGCUGCUGAUGUUUUGGUUUUUCAAGAUCAUAAUGUAAUUAAGACAUUUGGGUAGUUAAUUGUUACAACUGUACAAUUUAGAUGCUAAUGGAUAUAACUGUGAACCAGUCAGCAAGUCCCCAGCUAAGUUUUCCUUCAAAUUCCAACGUGUUACUUAUCUGCUGGAGAUUAUUAAAAGCUGUUGGUAUCACUGAUCUUGGGGGCAAUUAAUUUAUCAUUUCAUACUGAAGAAUAAUAAAUAAUUCUUAAGUGGUCAUUAUUGGAAGAAUAAUAAAUAAUUCUUAAGUGGUCAUUAUUGAUACAAGUAAUUAAACAAUUGUUUCCCCCUGAA